AUGUCACAAUCUAACCAACAUUUGCCAGAACCGGUGUGCGGUCAGGUUUCCCUAAUGCUAGAUAAUUGCUUCCACAACACGACACCAAAGGUCGCGGUCGAUCUACUCUACACGGUCAAAAUUCCGGAAUCGGCCGAGGAAAUCAACGCUCGAUGCAUGGUUUUCAACCGGGGCAUGGACUGUGUCCAGCAUUAUCUCAACACCUGCAUCGACUCGAAGGAACGCAAAAUCAUCGAGAAUGAGGUGUACGGUGCGAGGAAGCUGUACGGUUACCUGUGCCGCGACAAGUCCUUCCAGCGAGAGUUCCUGAAGCACAAGGCAUGCUUCCAUUACAUGCACAACGACUGGGAUUCCUGUUCGAGAAAUUUCAUCAGCAUCCUGAAGGAGGAAAUGGCACGAACGACGCAGCAGAGCUUCAACGUGCAGUACAUGCACUUUUGCUGUGCUCGCUACGGCUACGAGAGCUGUGUCUUCAACAGUGCCUCCUACAAGUGCAAGCUGGAAUCGGCCGUGUUUUUGAAAAAGAUUGCCAAGCUGCUCUCUACCGAUCGGCACUUUCUCAACUGUGAUAGACUGGAGAAUGAACUGUGCUCCGCCGGACCGCAAGGACCAGUGGCACGGAUGCCACUACUGCUUGUUGCUACAGUGCCGCUUUUAUGGCUACUGCUACCGCUGCUAAUGGGAACAUCCGGCUGCUACGGAAGGCUCGUGUGA